AUGUUGAGUUUUAACUUUCUAGUGGAAAAAUACAAGCUUUUUCAUACGUAUUUAUGUGUAACUGUUAUCUACCUAAUUACAUUCUUAUAUUAUAUAUCCUCAAAAAUUUAUGAUUUCAUCAUUUCCCAUGUAACCCAUUUUGUAAUUGAGCUAUUUUACUUCAUUUUUGCAUCAAUUUUUGGCUUUUUAAUCUUGAAAAGACUAAACCCAAGAACAAACCCUAAUUAUAACCCAAAAAACCUAGAUCUUUUCUUCACCUCAGUAUCAUCUAUAACAGUUUCAAGUAUGUCAACCAUUGAAAUGGAAGUAUUUUCCAAUACCCAACUCAUAAUUUUAACCAUUUUAAUGUUCAUAGGAGGUGAAAUAUUCACAUCAAUGGUAGGUCUUCAUUUUUCAGCCUCCAAACUUAAGUAUACACCUAAAGCAAGAAGUAGGGUUAAUUCAGUAGCUAGCCUACCACUUCCUCCAGAAAGUUUGGACUUAGGAAUCAUUAUCCAAUCAUCAACAACAAUAACCCAAGAUGUUAUUACAUCAUCCACUACUCUGGAAAAAACAAAAUCAGAAAUAGAUUUUCUUAUAAAAUCAAAAUCUGUUAAGGUUUUAGGUUUUUUAGUUUUGGGCUAUUUAAUAAUAUUUCAUGUGUUAGGAACUUUUAUGGUAUUAGUAUAUGUUAAUAUCAUAUCAAGUGUUAAAAAUGUUCUUAAGAAAAAAGGGUUUAAAACAUUUACUUUUUCAAUUUUUACCAUUGUUUCUACUUUUGCUAGUUGUGGCUUUAUCCCUACUAAUGAAAACAUGCUUGUUUUUCGCAAAAAUUCUGGUCUUUUAUUGAUUUUAAUCCCUCAUAAUCUCUUAGGAAACACAUUAUUUCCUUCUUUUCUUCGAUUUUCGAUAUGGGUAUUAAGCAAAUUUGGGAAAAAAGAUGAGGCUAUGUUUUUGAUGAGGAAUACAAAGGAGAUUGGGUAUCAUCAUUUGCUUCCUAGCAAGCAUUCUAAGCUUUUGUUUGUGACAGUUUUAGGGUUUAUUUUGGUGCAAUUUGUGAUGUUUUGUGGUAUGGAAUGGAGCAAUGAAGGAUUAAAUGGUCUUAAUAUUUUUGAGAAAGUAGUGGGAAUAUUGUUCCAAUGUGUGAAUUCAAGGCAUACAGGUGAAAGCAUUAUGGAUCUUUCUUCUAUUGCAUCAGCUAUAUUGGUCUUGUUUAUGGCCAUGAUGUAUCUUCCACCCUAUACAUCAUUUCUACCAAUAGGAGAUGAAGAAGAAAAAUAUCCACAUAUAAUAUAUCCAUGUAAAAAUAAUGUAGAAAAGAAAAGAAAAAAGUUACUCAAGAAUUUAAUAUUGUCUCAACUAAGCUACAUUGUCAUCUUCAUCAUAAUCAUAUGCAUUAUAGAGAGGCAAAAGAUUAAAGAUGAUCCCCUCAAUUUCAACGUUUUCAACAUCGCCUUCGAAGUUGUUAGCGCAUAUGGAAAUGUUGGUUUCUCGACGGGGUACAGUUGUGGGAGGCAAUUAAAAGCAGAUCCAAAAUGUGUAAAUAAAAUGUAUGGAUUUGUAGGGAGUUGGAGUGACGAAGGGAAGAUGGUUCUAAUUAUAGUCAUGUUCUUUGGAAGACUCAAGAAAUUUAACCUUAAAGGAGCUAAACCAUGGAGACUUCUCUAAGCUAAUUCUUGUUACAUCAAUUAUAUAUAUUGAAAACUUCUUACAUCCAUUCCUCCCAAUAUAUGUUGCUUCUUCUCAUUCAAAAGAAUUUCCCAAACAUAUUGUUGAUACAUUAGAGAUAUACAAAGUAUAUUCUUAAAAUAUGUACAUU